AUGUCGUCUCCUUUCAAUAUCAAGUGGGGUAUUUUCAACACUGGUAACAUCUCCGAGAGCUUUGUUCAGGACCUUUUACUAUAUCCUCCUCAUACCAGAGGAGUGACUGAUGUCACUCAUACGGUGGUAGCAAUUGGUUCAGGAACUUCCAAAGCCAAGGCUCAGGCACUAAUUGACACUACGAUUGCAACUGGCGAUGCUAAGAACGUUGACGUGAGAGACCAGCUUAAGAAUGUCAAGACUUACGGCUCGUAUGAAGAAGUAGUUAAAGACGAGAAUGUCGAUGUCGUUUACAUUUCUACUCCCAAUGCUCUUCACUAUUCAUGCUGUUUACUUGCUCUCAAUAAUAAUAAGCAUGUUCUAUUAGAGAAGCCUUUCACAGCUAAUACUGCUCAAGCUGUGCACUUGAGUAUCCUUGCCAAGCAGAAGAACCUCUUUCUUAUGGAGGCAGUUUGGACAAAGUUCUUCCCCCAGGUUCUGGAUUUACAGAAACGUCUUUUUGAGGACCGUGCCAUUGGCAAGAUUAGAAGGAUCUCGGCAGAUCUCAGUAGAUUUGCUGCUACUGAUCUCACUCAUAAGAAGUACAUGCCAUCAUUAGCAGGAGGAACUCUUCUCAAUCAAGGAAUGUAUGCGUUGACCUGGGCAUUUUUGUUUGGUUACCGAGAUCCAGAAAAUCAGCACCAAUUGCCAAUUGUUCGCAGUAUUGCUGUUAAGAAUCCUCAAGUUGACGUCGAUCAAUCGGUCGGUGUCUUCUUAGUGUUCCCUGGCUCUAAUACUUUGUGCGUUGCUACAAGCUCUAUGGAUAUCACAACUGCCAGUGGUCACUCUGUGUUAAUUGAAGGUGAUCGUGGAUUUGUUGAGAUCCCCCGUAGUGCCAAUAGACCUGAAUAUUACAAGAUCACUAUAGACGGUAAGACGGAAACAGUCAAUUUCGAUGUUCCAGGCUAUGGAUUCUACUUGGAGGCAGACUCUACAGCCCGCUGCAUUCGAGACAAGAUCAUCGACAAUCCAUUGUGUCCUCUCAAGGAGACCAUUGAACUCACUAGUGUUAUGGAUCAAGUUCGUCAGCAAAACGGAAUCAGGUUUCCCACCGACGUAGAAGAUCUAAUUUAUUAA